AGGAGGACAGAGACCCCCCGAGAGAGGCACAGAGAACCGGAAAGAGGGGACAGUGACCCAGGGAGGGGAAACAAGAGAAGGAGGACAGAGCUGGAGACAGAGAUGGCAGAGCUUAGCAGCCAUGAGGUCAGGGUGUCUGUGAGGUCAGCUGCAGUCCGGGGAUGGCCCUGGGGUCCUGGUGCCCAGGGGUGGCUGCAAGUCAGUCAGGAGUCCCUGUGGGUCCUGAGCCAUGGAGACCAGGGAGGGCCCACCUGCCGUGUCCUCGGUGCCCACCAAUUUCAGGGCCCCACAGGUACCAGCAUGUGUCCCCACAGGGCAGGUGAGGGAGUCAGGGACAGGCAGAGAAGAGUGUCACCUCGCAUGAAGAGGGACGGGGUGGGGCCCCACCCCUGGGACUUCCUCUUUCUCUGUGUUCUUCCUUUCUGCCUCCUCUCGGCCUCUUUCUCUCUCCUUCCUGGCCUCUGUCCUUCCGUCCAUCAGCCCCGCUGCCGACCUCCCUUCUGUCCGUCCCUCCAGCUGGUCAUCCCCCCAUCUAGGCCACGAUGUCGGCCCAGGAGAGCUGCCUCAGCCUCAUCAAGUACUUCCUCUUCGUGUUCAACCUCUUCUUCUUCGCCCUUGGCAGCCUGAUUUUCUGCUUCGGCAUCUGGAUUCUCAUCGACAAGACCAGCUUCGUGUCCUUUGUGGGCUUGUCCUUCGUGCCCCUGCAGACCUGGUCCAAGAUCCUGGCAAUCUCAGGGGUUCUCACCAUGGGCCUCGCUCUCCUGGGUUGUGUGGGAGCCCUCAAGGAACUCCGAAGCCUUCUGGGUAUGUAUUUCGGGAUGCUGCUGCUCCUGUUUGCCACGGAGAUCACCCUGGGCAUCCUCAUCUCCACCCAGCGGGUCCGGCUGGAGCGAAGGGUGAAGGAGCUCGUGCUGAGCACCAUCCAAAACUACGGCUCCAACCCGGAGGAGACAGCGGCCGAGGAGAGCUGGGACUACGCCCAGUUCCAGCUGCGCUGCUGCGGCUGGCACUCUCCGCAGGACUGGUUCCAGGUCCUCAUCCUGAGAGGCAACGCGUCAGAGGCGGACCGCGUGCCCUGCUCCUGCUACAACUCGUCGGCGACCAACGACUCCGCAAUCUUUGAUAAGAUCUACUCACCGCAGCCCGGCCGGCUCGGACCUCGGGCGAGGCCCAGGCACAGCACAGACCUGUGCUCCGUGCCCGCAAAUGGCCACAUCUACAGCGAGGGCUGCGCGAAAAGCCUCCGGACGUGGCUGCACAACAAUCUCAUCUCCAUAGUGGGCAUUUGUCUGGGCGUCGGUCUACUCGAGCUCGGCUUCAUGACGCUCUCGAUAUUCAUGUGCAGAAACCUGGAAUACGUCUAUGACCGACUUGCUCGAUACCGCUAAGCCCGACUCCACCCCUUCAAGUGCCACGGGCACUUCCCCAGGACUGUAAAUAUUUGUUUCAUCCAGUUUGCCCGGGCUUUGAGCAGCCCCUCAUUCCCCUGAGGCCCCAGGUGUCUGCCUGCCCAGCCCCCCCCCAUUUCCCCCGAGGGACCUGGGGCUUCCUGCCCCACACAUAUCUGAUGGGCAACCACCUCCCACAAGAUUAUUUUUGGCCCAAACCUCAAAUAAAUCCCCUAUAUUUUGGUAAAA